AUGCUUAGCAAGAAAGCGAUUGCAUUACCACCGGUGUCUCUGGGGCUGGCGCUUGGUGGUUCGCUGUUUGUGGCACGCAAAGAAGAUGGUGGAGUGGAUCAGGGAGCAACAAGGGCGGCGCGAAUGCUUCUAACGGAGGCGGUACAUGUAAUUUGGGUCCUGAGAUGCGAGCGAGUUAUUGGCUGGGCGGAUACACCAACUAGGAAGCACACGGACAGCGAGAUCCUCAAUAAGCUGGCGGCCAGGAUAAACAGGCGCAUUGCUAUGGAUCAAGGAGCGUCGAAUGUACGGAUGCACAAGAAGAGGGCGGUUAAGUGGGAAAAGGUCCGAAAUACGUGGAAAGGGCUCUUGCGGAACGAGCAUGUGUUGCCGGCGGAAUGGAUGAGUAUGCAGGGGGUUUUAGUGGGUAUACCAUCGCUCGCGGAGCUGCGCGAACCGGGCUGA